AAAGGGAAAAAGUAUGGGAAGAAGUCAAAGAAAAUGGAAACAAAGACACGUCAGAGAGCUCAAACACCACAGCAGGUAGUGGCCCGAUAUGAAAAAGUUCUUCGACGCUUCAGCAAAGGAGGGACCAUGUCUGCUGCAUUCAAGCAGGUUGGGGUGGACCGGAACACCAUCGUAGUCAAUGCACCGAUUGCCGAAUUGUACAUCGCUGCACCCUGCAAAUUUAAGGAACUCCUUAAAUCCCACAGCAGUGAGGUUAAGCUCAGUAUUUUUGCCACACAAUGUGCUGCUGUGAUUCAUGAGGAUCCAGCUAUAGAAGAUGCUAUCAAAGCCCUUAAGGCUUCCGGUAAGCUGCUGCCACUAAAAGGAAAGUGAACUGGUCUAGGAUCAAGGUUUAGGAUCAAGUUUUCAAGUUUUCACUCUAAAUAAAACUAAAGUUGUACAAUGGACUGAAACACGUCCACAAUCUGCACUGCUGUUCUGUAAUGUUUGAAACGCUCUGUAAUGUUAAUACUGAGGUAGUUUUUACACUGUAAAAUAUUUUAUUUAUUAAUAAAAAAUGUAUUUGUUGUAUUUUAUAUGUUGUAUUUUUUAUUUUUUUAUUUUAUGUUGCAUUAUCACUCCUGUAGCACUUAAAAUAAUUUUUUAUACCAUAUUGCAGAGGCUUAUGUUUACUGGAGGUGUACAGGGAUUUUUUUUUUUUUUUUUUUUUUUUUUGUGAUAUUGCAGAGGUUUAUUUUUCAUUUUAUAUGAAGUGUACAGUUGUACAAUUUUUGCAUCUUGAAAUAAAUAUUUCUAUGUUCUGUAUCACUCUGUGUUGUUUGUUUCCUUUUUCUGUUUAGAAUAUAACUGAGCCUUUA